AUGAGUGACGCCCAGGCUACCGAGGCUGAGAAGAACAUCGAGAUAUGGAAAGUCAAGAAGCUCAUUAAACGUCUCGAGGCGGCUCGUGGCAAUGGCACAAGCAUGAUUUCCCUAAUUAUUCAAUACGGAACGGCCUCGAACAUUAAAUCGCGUGUCAACCGACAAUCUGUGCUUUCCGCCAUUACCUCGACCCAGCAGCGACUCAAGCUCUACAACAAAGUCCCUCCCAAUGGCCUCGUCGUCUACUGUGGUGAAAUCUUGACCUCGGAAGGAAAAGAGCGAAAGGUCAACAUCGACUUUGAGCCCUUCAAACCCAUUAAUACCUCGUUGUAUCUGUGUGACAACAAAUUCCACACUGAAGCCUUGGCUGAGCUACUAGAGUCCGAUCAGAAGUUUGGUUUCAUUGUUAUGGAUGGUAACGGUGCUCUUUUCGGUACACUCAGCGGAAAUACUCGUGAUGUUAUCCACAAGUUCUCCGUCGAUCUACCAAAGAAGCACGGUCGUGGUGGUCAAUCUGCCCUUCGUUUUGCCCGUUUACGAGAGGAGAAGCGACACAAUUAUGUCCGUAAGGUUGCCGAACUGGCUGUUCAGAACUUCAUCACCAACGAUAAAGUGAAUGUUGCCGGUAUCAUUCUUGCCGGUUCCGCCGAUUUCAAGAACGAUCUCAACGCCUCUGAUAUGUUCGACAACCGAUUGCAAAGCAAGGUUAUCAAGGUCGUCGACGUGUCGUAUGGUGGCGAGAACGGUUUCAACCAGGCCAUCGAAUUGUCUUCCGAGACCCUUGGAAAUGUCAAAUUCAUCCAGGAGAAGAAGCUCAUCGGCAAGUACUUUGAGGAGAUUAGCCAAGAUACCGGCAAAGUGUGCUAUGGUAUUGAGGAUACCCUGAAAGCCCUUGAGCUUGGUGCGGUAGAGACCCUAAUUGUCUUUGAGAACCUCGAGAUUACUCGAUGGGUCCUAAAAGACAGCAAUGGUUCAGAAAUCGUUCUCCACACUACCAAGCAGCAGGAAACCGGCGAUCGGUCUAAGUUCAUGGACAGGGAAACUGGCCAGGAGAUGGAAGUAGUCUCGCAGGAUUCGUUCCUCGAGUGGAUCGCGGAGCACUACAAGGAUUUUGGAACCAACCUGGAAUUCGUAUCGGAUAGAUCAACCGAAGGUAACCAAUUCGUGAAGGGAUUCGGCGGUGUUGGCGGUAUCCUCCGCUACAAGGUGAACUUCGAGCAGUUAGCCGAAGUGGAUGACGACGAUGAAUACUAUGACGAUUGA